AUGCGUAACGAUCUUAUACAAAUCAAUAAAAUACAAAUAACACCACAACAUUAUCGAUUAUUAAGACAUAUAAUCAGAAUUAGAGAUUUUGCAGAACUUCAAAUGAAAGCUGCCAUUCGUACACUUCCCAAUGAUUACUAUUGUCUCAAACCUGGAGGGAAGGUGAACAAUGUUAUCUAUUUAAACAAAAUAACUUUCCUUGAUCUUAGUGGAUGCGGAUUAAAAUACUUUCGUCUUAGACCAUUCAGUGAAUUAAUCUGUCUCAUUCUAAAAGAUAAUAAAACUUUGAGAGACAUUAAAUAUUCUGAUGGGUAUAAUUCAUAUAAUCCAAGAUCUCGAUCGAAAUUAAACUAUGUUGAUUUAACAAAUUGUGUGAAUUCAAAUGCGAUUGCAAAUGAUUUAUAUAAUAUUAUACCAGGAAUUCAGGUAAUAACAGGUCAAACUCAAAUUACAAAUAUACCUGAGAACAACUCAACAAAUCAUAUUGAAACAGUAAAUAAUCCAGAAAUAUUUGCUUUGCAAAAUAAUCAAAAUCGUUAUACAAAGGGAUCUGAACUACAUGAAUGCUUUGAUUCGAGUAACCUUGAAGAAUUAAAUUACUUACAGGAAAAUUUAUUCGAAGAGAUGCUUUCAAGAAUAUCAUUUGUUGUUUUUACUAACAUUGAUAGAGAAGUUACAGCAAUCAAUCCGAUUAUCGAAGAAGGGGAAUUCAUAAGCGAAGAAGAAUUCGCAAAUAAAACAACUGUUUACAAUGAGUCUUUGCAAGUUAAACCAUCAUGUGAAUUCAUUGUUUGCAAAAGAGAUGAUAAAAAUUAUCAAAUAAUCAAGGAUUAUUUAGAGAAAAAGUGCGGAAUGGUUAUUGCUGAUGAAUCAAGUCAAUUUGAAUUUAUUGGCGCAGAUUUCAAAACAAUGGCUCGUAUUAACUAUGCCGGUUAUAGAUAUGCUCCAUUUAACUACAAUUUACAGUUAUUUGUUAUGAAAAAAUUAUCAUUAUCUAAUCUCGGUCUCGGAAACGAUGAAUUGAAAAUGAUUUCUGAUUGUUGUCCUUUCUUAGAAUAUCUUGACAUGAAUGGAAAUCAAAUUACUAGAUUAGACUUUAAUGGAACUGUUCUUGAUAAUUUGACGCACCUAGAUCUCGGUAAUAAUCACUUCUUUGAAGAUGGAACUGAUUAUCUGGAGAAUCAAUUGAAGUUAUUAAAGUCUCUCAAAUAUCUAGUAAUUGAAGCUAGUUUUACGAAAGAUUAUACAGAGUUUUUCAGAAAGUUUAGAGAAAUUGAGGUAUUAAACACCAUGAACAAUCCAUUUCCAUUGUCUCCACCAGAACGACUUGCAGUAAAAAUGCUGAAUUUUGAAUCAAAUAAUAUGGAUGCAAUUGAAGUUAAUAAUAAAUUAAGCAUUUCCAAGAAUAAUACAUUUCUUACCAUAAUGAAUGACAACUUCACAUAUAAAGAUGAUUUAUUCGAAGAUUCGAAAUUUCGGCGGUAUAAAGUAAGGAAUAAUGGAUCUAAUUUUGAACAAGUUGAAGCUGAUGAAGAAGAUAGAUAUAGAAAUCCUCAAGGUAAUAAAUCAGAUAAUUCUUCAUUUGAAGUAACAAAGUUAACAGCAUUUUUAGACUAUUUCCUUGUAUUCUUUGAGAAGGCGCAGUACAUUAGAUACUUUACAGCAUCAAAUGAUUGGUCAUCAUAUCCAAAAUAUAUUCAAGGAAUCACGUUCACAUUGUUUACGUAUGUCAAUCAAUUUUUUCUAUUCUUCAGAAACGCAAGAUUGGUGUUGCCUUUUGAUAAUUUUAUUGAGUUCUUUUGGUAUGGAUUACUUCCAAUUUUCAUGAUGUGGUUCAUGCAGAAACACAUUUCCCAUUCGAAAUUGAUAAAAUAUUAUUCAAUGUUUUGGCAUUUAACAAUUUCUGUAUCGAUUCUUGUAAUUUUGCUGAUAAGUGAGUUUACUUAUAAUCUUGUUGUCAAAGGAACAAAAUUCAGAUACGAAUACAUUUGGUGGGUUUUGAUAGACAUUGCAAUAAGUAUAUGUUCUUUCUUUUUAUCAAAGAAAGUCACAAGACCAAUGGAAUCAAAGGAAAUUAGAGAGUGGUCGAACAUAAAACAACAAAUUUGUUUGAGUUUUAUUGUUCUGAUGCAAUUUCCAAGUAUGGAAUUCAUGUUUAAGAAUAUGAAAUGCAAUCAUGGAUAUUAUUCAAGCUUUCCAAGUGUCGACUGUUCAUGGAAAUUGAUGCCAUCCUAUGCAAUUUUGUUUUUAUUAUUUAAUUGUUUUGCUUAUUUUUGGUUUUUCAUCAAUACAAUUCAGCACAUUCAUAAAAAUGCUCAUAAAACUCUUGAAUUGUCAGAUAAAGAAAGCUAUUGGAGAUCCAUUUGGAAUUAUUCAAAAGAUGAAGUUUGGAGAACAAUUUUCCUUCGAAUUGGUUCAGAUGAUAGUUCAAGAUUUAAAAAGUUGAAUGAAAACUUCGGGAAAUACAAUGACUUCAUGCAUUAUCAUCUAAAUCCUGCAAAAAUUUUAUCAGAAGGACGAACUUUCGCUUCCAGUUGGUUCGUUAUUCUUGAUUUUACUUAUAGAUUAUUAGUUUCCAUUGAUGAUUUCUUUGAAUUGAAAUCAAUUUUCACUCUGCUUGCAACAAUGGCGAUUUUAGUUAUUUAUAUCUUCAUCCCUUCGAAAUUCAAUUUUUAUGAAAGAGCUACGGAUUUGAUUUUCACAAUUGGAACUCUUUUCAUGUCUUUGUCAACUAUUUUUGGUAAUUUCAAACAUCAUUCAGCUUCAUCCAUUACUUUGAUAAUUGCUGUUGUUGGGUGGACCAUUUCAUACACAUUCAUGCUCAUUGGACUGAUUAUCAGCUUCCUUCCAACAAGAUUGGAGAAGGCAAACAGCUGGGCUAUGAAACGCUGGUAUACAGGUGAAAGAAUAGAGUAG